AUGGAAUCUCCAGAUUUUGCACAGCUUCGAAGAGAAAAGAAUAUCAAAGUUCUUAGCAAUGCAUUUCCUUCAAUUCAAAAAUCUUUUAUAGAAAAGGCGUAUGACAAGAAUCACGAGAAUUACGUUCAGACGUUAGACGUUCUUAUUAAUUAUUUUGACACUUCUGAUCUUGCUGCUGAGGAUUUAGUUCUCUCUCCAGACUCUUCUUGUCCACAGAAAGAAACUAAAGCCAAAGACAUACAACAGACUUCAAUUCCUUCCAACAAGAACAAAAUACAUAAGAAGAGAAUAGUGCAAAAUGGGUACUCUACUGGUGAUGUCAAAGAGAUAUCAAUUAAAGGUGUUGUCAUAACAAGAAGUGAAAAGAAAAGCACUUUGUCUAAUAAAGAAAAGAAAUUAAAGAAGAAGAAAGGCAUAUCAAUCGUCCAAAAAUUGAUGCGUUCUAUUAAGACGACUUUCAAUACAUCUAAACACAAUGAAAACACUCAACAGAGUCAUUUAAAAGAAAAUAAUAAACAUAACACCUCAGACGACGCAGAAGACUCAGAAAAGCAUUCAAUAUCAGCAGAUGACGAAAAAUUGAAUCAAAACGUGUUGAAGACUUCGCAGAGCAAAUUUCUGAAUGCGGCACAGAAAGCACCAAAUGCGUUGUCCGAAGAAAAGUCCGAGAAGUUGGAGACUCAAGUCCAAAACGCGAUGAAAGGAGCUUGUUCGACAAAAGCACCACAAAACACAAAAUCGGAAAAGGCUCCAAGCACGAAAAUGAGUCGAAAUAGCUCGAUUUCUAUUAGCAGUGUGUAUACAUCAGACUUUAAUUCUCCAAGUGGAAAGGAGUGUGUAGGGGCUUUAGACACGACAAUGCCAAAGUUAACAAAAAUGAACGACCAAAUUGAAAUUUCCGUGUUUUCAAAGCAAGAGACGUCGUCCGAAGAAGUGUUGAAAAGAAUUGUUUUGAGCGCAAAAAGUGUGAACAACUCAAUAGAAGUGACUUAUCACGUCCCGCAGUCUUUUAUGAAAAUGAGCUCAUGGAUUGGCUUGUACGACAAAUACGAGAUGGACACACGAAGAACGUUGGACUACAAAUUCUGUGAAGGGAAGGCGGACGGAUUUAUAAAAUUCGACAAACAGAAGUAUGGGUGGUACGCUGUCAGACUGUUUCUAAAUUCUUCUAAAGGAGAUGAGUAUAUCCCAAUCAAGUCUUCUGAUGUAUGUGUAGGCCCUGAUGUCAAACUUUUAGCCUCCACAAAACUUGAAAAUAGUAGAAAAGUCGUGCAGAUGAUCGUCUCAGGCUUAACUAAGAAAUAUUGGCUUGCAAUUUAUCGCGACAGUGAAGCGCCAUAUUCCAAUGACGAGUACUUAAUCAAAUCCGACAAAUUGAACCGCCCAAAUAUCGACUUAGAUGUCACUGCCUUAAAAAAGGGGAAAUAUGAGUGUCGUGUAUUUUGCAAACAGAGUUGUUAUGGUAAAAUGAAAGUGCGAUGGCAUUCGUGUGGAGCCGCACAAUUUGAGUGUUAA